AUGUCUGACCAGGCCAAGCCCCAGCCGUUGCGGCCUCUGCUCCCGGCACCGAAAGCCUCACAACCGCCUCCACCACGUUUACUUCCAGCCCAAUCGUCGACCAAGAAGCGUUUACCAAGUACCAAGGUUGCUUGUAACGCGUGUCGAUCCAAGAAGAAAGCAUGUGACGGCAAACGCCCUUCAUGUAAAGCGUGCACAGAGCUCAAGACACAAUGUGUCUACAUCAGCGCCAAUGAGACAGAGACGGCCGCUAUGGCUCUGAAAAGAGAGAACCAAAUGCUUCGAGACAUGUUGAGCCAACUCACGGAAAUGCCGGAUGAUGUUGCCCAUCAGACUUUGAAGAAGCUCAAGUUCGCCGUCGACCCUUACGCUGCUCUUCGCGCGAUAAGGCCGUCGGGGCCAAGGGAUGCCCGGGAGAUUCUACCUCACAUCUCGUCCAAUGUCGAGUUUGAACUCAUGAGACGCCAUCCCAUUUUGUACCCUCAGACUCGAAGAUUAGGUCUUCUCGAGGUGCCCGAGAGUGUCGACUCUAGGCCUUCCAAAGUAGCUCGGGUCGAGGACGCAUCCGAGGAGGGCUCGAUUCUCGAGGACCGCCGAGCACCAGAAUACCCUACUGUCGCUGAAGUACUGGAAGAUGGUCCUUCUACAGCCUCUCCGAAGCCCUCUCGAGUAUUUGACUCGGCCUUCUUCGUUCCACCAACGGGGCCCAUUCCUCCACCGACGUCGCGCAUUCGUAACGAGCCUCGCUUGAGAGAUCUGAACAUUGCCUUUUGGACCGUAGUGCCCAUCAGUAAUCAGGAUGCAGCAGAAGUCAUCUCCCUAUAUCUGGAAACAGACCAUCCGAUAUUAGGCUUGUUCGAUGUAAAUUUAUUCCUCAACGACUUGGUCUACGGGGAAGUUCGAUACUGUUCCUCACUGCUCGUCAAUGCUCUGCUUGCUUUCGCUUGUCAAGCGUAUGCGGCAAAGCAACCUGAAGCGUCUCGAUGGAGCCAGGAGCUGGAAGACGAGUCAAACAAGCUCUGGCAUGCGCAUAACGAUGAUACCCUGCCUACCAUUGCAGCUUUGGCUUUCUUGAUUCAGUCUAGCGGCUGUAAUGGUAACGGUGAACUCAAUGUGAAGUUCAUCAAAGAUACAGCGGCUAUGGCGAAGCGUCUAAAGCUCUUUGGCUGCCCCGACGCAUAUACCUUUAUAGACCUAAAUCGCCUGUCAGAACCACAGGCUAGGGCAACUGCUCAAGUAGCAUGGGGGGUAUUCAAUACUCUGAGUAUGACAGCCCAGUUUUGUCUACCGGCGACUACUGAGUAUCCUCCAACUCUUCCCAUGCCAGGCAAAGCCAGACUAGGAAACCCAACACUCGGGUCCGAGCACGAGCGUAGCAGCAGCGCGAAUAGUACAGCGCCCUCGUCUGACUCGGAUGCUCGAGCCCAGUCUCGAAAUCGCACCAAGAGAGGGCGAUCUCCUGCAAUAUCAGACACUUUCGCUGCCUUUUGCGAGUUAUGGGUCAUUUCCUCUCAAAUCACUUGGGUUUAUCAGCACGAUACCAGCCCGGGUCAUUCAUCCCAAGCCUUUGCGCUGGAAAAGUACAGCAAAUUGUUGUCUUGGGCAGACAAUUUGGCUGAGAGUAUGGAACGAGACGAGCACAGCCCAUCCCAUGUGCUUGCCUGCCACAUGUGGUUCCACGGGACUGUGCUCUACCUCCUCAGGCCGUUCGUCCCAAGCGACAAACAGCAUGGCUUCAAGUUCUGGUCACCGUCAGCCGACCAGAUACCCGCCUUUUUCGCGGCAUCCGUCGAGCAGCUCAAAGACCUCGUCGAGGUGUACGCGUUGUACCCGGAAUCGACGUACAGCAUCUUCGGGCACACUGCCCUCAUCCAUAUAGCCAACGCCGUAGCUAGCGACAUAACGAAUCCAGAGUGGCGACCCUACUUUCUCAGCUGCAUCCGCGCCUACCAGGCCCUGUACAGCUCCUUUACCGUUGCCGAAGUGAUCGCCGGGGGCCUUCUUUCCAUGGUUGUCAGGAAAGGGGGCAUGAACAUGACGGAAGCUCUGGGGCUGCUGCAAGACCUCAGAGCAGGCAAGGGGCCCAAGGCGGGCGGCCGGCCGACUGGGAUGUUUGUGACUGAUCUUGACCUCGCCGUGACGGACCGCGAGGCGGCAAGGGUUGACCGCUUGAUUGAGGACUUUGAAGAGAUGACCAUCUUGGAUGAGUUUACUCAAGGUGUCAUUUGA